GCGAAAAGUUGAUGUUGUUCAGCGUCACAAUAUGAUGACGUCACAAUGGUAUAAAGGUGUCGUGAUGAAGCGCCAUAUAUGCCAGGUUGGCUAGAAUGUAUGUUUGGUAUGGGCUCAAAAGAUGAUUCGAUGUCUUUAACGGACGAGGAGGCCGAACUAAAGAAAAGGGGAUAUAAUCUCGGAACCCUCAUUGGGGAGGGUUCAUACGCCAAGGUUAAAAGCGCUCACUCGGAGAAAAACCAAAAACGAGUCGCCGUCAAAAUUAUCAACAAAAAGAAAGCCCCGAAAGACUUUAGAGAGAAAUUUUUACCUCGAGAACUUGCAAUUCAUAUAAAAUUAGAACACCCAAAUAUUGUCAAAUGCCUUGAUUUAAUGGAAUUUCACAAUAAGGUCUAUAUCGUUAUGGAGUACGCCGGACAUGGUGAUCUGUUGGAAUACAUCAAACUCCGCGGGGCGAUAGAGGAGGACAAGGCUAGACCAAUGUUCAAACAGAUCUGUUCAGCAAUAGACUACCUCCACCAAAACCGCAUCGUACACAGGGACAUGAAGUGCGAGAACCUGUUGCUAGACAGCCUGAACAAUGUGAAGGUCUCGGACUUUGGCUUCUGCCGGGAGUUCCAGCCCGGUGAUGUCAGCAAGACCUUCUGUGGGAGCGCGGCGUAUGCGGCCCCGGAGAUCCUACAGGGCAUUCCCUACCACGGGCCCCUACACGAUAUCUGGAGCAUGGGGGUCAUUCUGUAUAUCAUGGUGUGUGCUUCCAUGCCAUAUGAUGAUACCAACAUCAAGAAAAUGGUCAGAGAGCAACUAGAGAGGAAAGUGGGGUUUUCCAAAUCCAAGAAGCUGUCCGCCGAGUGCAAGGACCUGGUCCACAAGAUUCUAGAGGUGAACGUGAAGAGGCGCGCCACCAUAACCACCGUGCUGGAACACCCUUGGAUGCUGGACAAGAAGGCCGAGGCGGACAAGGCCCUGCUCAAGGCCCAGGAUAGGGAGGCCAAGAUGGCGGAGGCCUCGAAGGCUCUCAAAUCCGAGCUAGCGGGGGCCAAACUCUCCAACUGAUUAAUAUAAUAUUUCUGUUCAAUAAAUAUCGAUGAUCGAGGCCAAUUAAUUGUAAUUUAUGGAAAA